AUGACGCCUACUAGUACUGGGCCGCAGCGGACUCCACCAUGUGCCCAAUGCCGACAGAGGAAGAUCAGGUGCAACAAGCUAAAGCCCUGUGAUAAUUGUCGAAAGGCCGGCCUGGACUGUUCUUAUAGGGAAAACAAUCAUGCCUCUACCAACACUGUUCUAGUACCAAAUUCCAUUUUAGAGGACCGUGUAGCCCAGCUUGAAGCACAGCUAAACGCUGUGACGGCAUUGCUUCAUGCUUCUAAUUGGGCUGACCCUAACACUCCUGAUAGUAGUGCCUCCGCUGCUAGCUCUCCUGCGGUAAAUAAGUCGACAGACCAGUCGUCCACUGUGUUGGAGUGUCAUUGUGGUCGCCAGAUCCUGGGAACCUACUUUUCGGUUCAUUACGAUUACUACAUGCACUGGAUUGAGCUGUUUCCAGAACUUCGCGAUACGUUUUUUGAACUUAGUGAGGCCGAAGAGUAUGCCGACGGGCCCAAAGAGGCGUCACAAUUGUACCUGGGGAUCACGCUUGGUGAUUUUUCUACGCUGUCGACAUAUCAACCAGCCGACACAGAGGCCGAUUUCCUCAUCAAAACAUUCUUUGAUAAUGUAAAUCCUUUUGUGCGAAUGCUCAACGAAGGGGCCUUCUCUUCUGAUUUAACAAAAUUUCGGCUGGGACGGCUUUCCCAGCCCGCUUCCUUCAAUGCUUUAUUGUUUUCAAUGUAUGGUUUGGCUGUGACGAGCCUGCACCCUCCCGAUGUCAUGCGGAUAUUUGGAGUGGAGCGGAACUGGCUAUUAAACAAAUUCCACGAGGCUCAGGAACUCGCCCUACGUCAAGUCGAUUUCAUCAAUAGUAACAAGCUGCCGGUCUUCCAGGCCUUCUUGUUUUAUUUGGUUUUUCUUUUCGUAAGAGGAUACUAUCGGACAGCAACAUCGAUGAUUGGACUCGCAGCGCGCAUUGCGCAACGCCUUGGCCUGCAUAAGGAUCCCUCCUACUUUACGUAUUCCAGUUGGGUAGCGGAGUGGCGGAGAAGAUUGUGGAAUCAACUGAUCCUCUUGGACCAGAAAGCAAUUACGUUGCAAGGCGCAAUCUCCAUGUUGAGCUUUGCCUGGGAUACAAGCCUUCCAGAGAACGUUAAUGACAGCGCUUGGAAUACUAGUCCUCUUGCCAAACCGAGUGAUGCGCCCAAAGAGACAGGCGUAUUCUCGCAGAUGACUCCUAUCCUCUCAAAGCGGAAGACCCUGGCCGUCCUGUGCCCUCUCCGGCAGAAUUUGAGAACCAAGCCCUAUGAAGAAUUGAUUUCCCACAUCGAGACUGGUCUCCAGGCAGCCAGAGAGCUCUUUGUCGAUGUUGAUGACGAAUUGAAACCCCUUGCGAGCUUUGCCUAUAUUGUGAUGGAAAUUGACUUCGCAUCAUUACGACUGAUGGCUGGGCAAGCACACAUCCGAUUCGGUCAAAGUACAUCAGAAUUUAGGCUACAAAAUUUCCUAGGUGCACUUGAAAUCCUCGAGAGGAUCACUUCCCUCGAAGCAGAAGUGACAAAUCCGGGAUGGGUGUGGGUGUUUUGCACCGAUCCACCUCUUCUGGCGAUUGCCAUAGUGCUUUUGCAUCUCUCAUCAGUUCCCGACACUCCAUAUGCGGCUAGAGCGUGGGCUCAAAUCAAUAUUAUGUUCGAGAAAUAUCUCACCAUAAUUGAAUCGAACCCUCCGCCGAUUCUGGCGUCCCUCGAGUCACUUCGCGACGUAGCUCGCUCGCUCCAUCCUCAAGCAUCUGCUGUUUCAGCUCCCUUGAAUAUUGGUAACUUCAAUUCAUUGGAUCACCAAAUUCUGUUUGACAAUUUGAUUUCCACUGAACAGCGUGGGCACGAGUCCGAUGAAAUUAUACUUCCAGUUGGAGAGCGCUUCAACCUCGGCUCUCAAUCAACGAAUUUCAGUCCAGAAUAG